AUGAAUUCAUUCCCAAACUCUUCCACUUCCGAAUUUUCCUGCGAAUCCUCUUCAUUCGAAUUCAACUAUCUUCCCUUCAACGAGAACGAUCCCGAAGAGAUGCUUCUUUACGGCAUGAUCAACGACGCAAACAACACCCUCAAGAACAACACCAGAGUUGUUAUUAAGGAAGAAGAGGUAAGUUCCAUAAGUUCCGAAGAGAACGAACCGAGGAAGGAGAAGUCGUACCGAGGCGUCAGAAGAAGGCCAUGGGGGAAAUUUGCAGCGGAAAUAAGAGAUUCAACGAGAAAUGGAAUGAGGGUUUGGUUAGGAACAUUUGACAGUGCGGAAGCGGCUGCUUUAGCUUAUGAUCAAGCUGCGUUUGCCAUGAGAGGCGCUUCUGCGAUACUCAAUUUUCCGGUUGAGAUUGUGAGAGAAUCGCUUAAUGAUAUGAAUUGCGAUGAAUGUGCUGAAGAUGGUUGUUCCCCUGUUGUUGCUCUUAAGAGGAAACACUCUUUGAGAAGGAAAAUCGGUUUCAUGAAGAACAAGGAACAAGAUUUUAGAAAAAACAACAACAAUAAUGAUAACAAUAAUAUCAGUGUUGAUAAUGCUGUCGUGUUUGAAGAUCUUGGUUCUGAUUAUUUGGAGCAAUUGUUGAUGUCUUCGGAUGAAUUUCCUUAUCCUCCGUGA